AUGCUUGCUCCACUCGCAGCGCUCUUGUCGCUCACCCUGCCCUCGAUCUCCGCCCACUCACAUGCCGCGCCAGCGACCCCCGUGGACGUCUCGACCGAGGCGUGGUUCAAGAAAUACGGCGCGCAGCACGACCUAGGCUACACCGGCCCGCUGAGCUUCAACCACCUCCCGUACGCGCGGUGCCUCGAGGACGCGUCACGCGCGUUUGACAUCGCGCUCCUCGGGAUGCCGUUCGACACGACCACGUCGUACCGCCCCGGCGCGCGCUUCGGGCCGCAAGCCAUCCGCGUCGGGAGCGGGAGCAAUGGGUACACGCUCGCGUGGGAUCACAGCGCGCUAGACUGGGGUGCACGGAUCAUUGAUUGCGGCGAUGUGCCGACGACGAUGAUGGACAACGCAAUGGCGAUCGACCAGAUGGAGGUCGCGUACAGUACGCUCCUCGGGCGCCCGGUCAGCGGGGAGACCAAGGCCAGCACGGCCGCGCUGUCCAAAGACGGCCAGGAGCAUCCGCGCAUCGUCACACUUGGCGGGGACCACACCAUCGUCCUCCCGAUCCUCCGCGCGCUCUACAAAGUGCACGGGCCUAUCUCUGUGAUCCACUUUGACGCGCACUACGACACGGCGGCCGUCGAGCACAUCCAGGGCCCGGGGCGCAUCAGCCACGGCUCGUACUUCACGCUCGCGCACGAGGAGGGCCUGCUCACGAACACGAGCAUCCACGGCGGGAUCCGCCAAAAGUCGAGCGGCAAGGUGGUUAUUGAGCACGACGAGGCAGUCGGGUUCGCCGUGAUCUCGGCGGAGGACCUGGACGACUACGGGAUCGAGGCUGUCAUCCGAAAGAUCAGGGAACGCGUCGGCAACACCCCGGUGUACCUGAGCCUCGACAUCGACACAAUCGACCCGGGGAUGGCCCCCGCCACGGGCACCCCCGAGAUCGGUGGCUGGACGACACGGGAGAUGAAGCGCAUCAUCCGCGGCCUGGCAGGGCUCAACUUUGUCGGGGCAGACGUCGUGGAAGUCGCCCCGGCAUACGACAUCGCCGAGAUUACAUCCCGAGCGGCGGCCGGACUGGUGUCCGAUUUUCUGGUCAUGAUGCAGGCUGAUGAGCCCCCGCGACCGCACGCGGGGCCGUUCCUAGAAUUGUGGAACUAGAGACACGUGUGAUUCAUAGAGGAGGCGUCAACUUGAAUACGUGGGGA